UCUAGCUCUGUUCUGGUUCUAAAUCCUUGUAAAAAUUAAUGUUGGAUCCUUGUGUUUUACAGGAAGAAAUCCCAAGUUGAGAGCUGUGAUAGAAACAACAAGAUUAACAACCGUUUAUCAAACCUCAAAACCAGAGGUGAUCUCUACACAAGCCUUGGAAGAUGCUAAAGAAAUGAUCAGAAAGAACAGCAUUGUCCUCAUCAAGGGUGCCUCAGGGGAUGGGAAGACUUUGAUGGGUUACCAACUGUUGAAGUGGCUAAUGGACGGCGAUGAUAAUGAUGCUGGACUGUCAAAGGAUCCUGUCCAGCUUUACAGCAUGGCCAAAUGGGAUAAAAUUGUCAAGCCACACACACAAUUAGCUGUAUAUAUUGAUGAUGUUAGUGGGGAAGUCGCUGAAGAAUUGAAGAAAAGGGAAGUCUCCAUUAAGUCAAAUUUUUGUGGGAAACUCAAUAAUAGAUCAAAUUGUUUGAUACUAAAUGUUCGAGAUGAAAUUUUCAAAAGCACACAAUUAUCUUCUUCUGAAUACCUCAAACAAAAUAUCAUUGAUUUGAGAGGUAAAAACUGCAUAAAAAUUGCAGAAAAAAGGCUUAUUUUAGAAAGUUAUGUCCGAGAAAUUAAAACCUUACCUGGUGGAACGGAAUCUGAAAUCAUCAAGCUUGCCCCAGAUAUAGGAUUUCCACAGUGUUGUCGACUUUAUAGGGAUGUUCCCAGCUUACAAAAAGAAGGGGUUAAUUUCUUCAAACAUCCAUUUCAUUUCAUGGAAACAACUUUAAAGAAAUUACCAAAGGAGCGUCGUUCUGCUCUUCUGUUUCUCUUCCUCAAUGAUGGGAGGGUUAAGAAAGGGGAUUUAGAUCCUAAAAACAGUGAAAGUGUUAACAGGAAAAUGCUUGAUGAAGCGUUCCAGGGAAUUAAACUUGAUCAUGCAGACAAAAUCAGAUCUCUGCGGACAAGUUUAAGUGUAAUGUUUGGAUCUCUGGUUGAAAAAAGAAAACAUCAUUUUUACGAUUUUGACGACGAUGAUGAUGAUGAUGAUUCAAUUUACAAAUUUUGUCAUGAUUCUGUUCAGGACACUGUUGCCCUUUUGUAUGGCAAGGACACAAAAAUUGCGUUUAUAGAAAAUUGUCCCCGAAAGUUCCUCCACUAUAUAUCAACAUCAAAAUCCACAGCUAACAAAAUAGUUAUAAAAUCUAGUAGUGAACACAUGUAUAAACGUUUGGUCAGAGAGUGUGAAUCCGACAUCCGACGUUACUUGAACCACAGAUUACCUGACUAUAUCGGUACAUUAGACGUAUGGACAGACAUCCUGUUUCUACAGGGAUUUAUUAGUUGGCUAAGUGGUCAGAAUUAUGACAAUAGCUUAUGCCACCUGAUAAAAUGUGCGUUGUUGAAUGGAGCAUGCUCUAUUGGUUUAGAAGAUUGUGUCUCAUAUCUCCUUUCUGUGGGUGCCAAACCUGACAAUGAUACACCGUUUAUUGUAGUGAAGGGUGGGAGUGUACAACUACUGCGUCAACUACUGAAGUAUGACGUCAUUCCUACAGCGAGGGCACGCAGGUCACGAUCAUCACAUACUAACGUUAGUGAUAUCAAUGUCCUACACGAGGCGUGUUUGUUUGAGAGAGAAGAGAUGGUGACAAUGUUGUGUGACACCUAUCCAGACUUGGUACAUGAGACUGAUCACUAUAGACGAAGCACGCUCCAUAUUGUGGCACUGACAGGAAACGUUGGUCUAUUUCAGACAGUGGAGAGAUUGGUACUUAAAUCAUUGUGUAGAGUUGAGGAUGUACAACAUAAGUGUGAGUCAGAAGAUGGUCGUGUGGUACAUAGGAGUUGUGCGUGUGGACAGAACAUGUCACAGUUAGUGGACGAGGAUUGGUUGACAGUGUUACAUUAUAGUUAUAAGUUGGGACACAGGGAGCUUAGUUUAUACCUGUGUAAGUCCUACCCAGCAUUAACUUCAGCUGUAGAUAACCACGGGCAGACAAUAUUAGAUUAUUAGCUCACCUGGUCCAAAGGACCAAGGUGAGCUAAUGCCAUACCGCGGCGUCCGUCCGUCAACAAUUCACUUUUUUGACUUCUUCAUAACCACUG